CUGAACUGCUCCAGCUGAUAUGUAGUGUCUUGAGUUCUUCACAAGAACCGAGAUUUUUUUGCCCGACGGAAUACAUCAUUUCUCUGACUGAGGCUGCAGAGGGACUAGAGGAAUAUACUGUCAACCUCAAUACCACCCAUCUUUUACAACUUUAUUUUUUUGUUUUCCUUUUUUUCUUCGGCCCUGACUUUUAUAUAGAACCAAGUGGGACCCCAAGGCUGCUCCAGGAUCCUCCGGGCUUUGGCCCUAAAAUAUGCAGCUUGCCGUAACAGGAACAGUGGUUCAUGUUUCAACAGCUGUCGCCAAAACCAAUCUGCUGCGGUUACGGAAGGGGGUCAAUCAGGGAGUUAUCACAGGAAGAAGUUAUUAGCAGUGGGACAGUGAUUAUACGCACUUCCUUUAGAGCAGGAAUGGAAUGCGUUCUUGCUCCUGUAACUUUAAUCUGCUUACACAUACAAACAUAUGCACAUGGGCAGCACAAACAGAUUUGGUACUAGCCCUCAGGGUCUUGCUGAGCCUCAGUGAUGCUGCUGCGUCUAAUGCUGGUCUGGACCUUUGAGAUCUGAUCACCAUCAUUGGCCGGGAACUAGUCCCAGAGGAGUGUGAACACAGGCUGGACAGCUUCAGCCUACCUGCAGAACCAGAGCCACUGACUGUCCAUCUGAUCUGAAACCUGGGCCUGAAACUCAAGCAGCAGCAUGAUUGACCUGAGCUACCUGACAGAGGAGGAGCAGGAGAUGAUCAUGGCGGUGCUGAAGAGAGACACUGAGCUGAAAAAAGCAGAAGAGCAACGAAUUAAGAAGCUCCAGAAAACAGAGCAUGACAAAGGUAAGCUGAAGUACCUGACAGGAGAGUGGUUUUACGAGACCAAGACACGCAGGCACAGAGACAGGAUCCACGGCUCCGACAUCAUUAGAGCCUCCAUGAAACACAGGAACCCUGUGACCAUACUGGAGGUUUCUGAAAUCUGGCCGUCGUCUAGCUUUCUGAACAGUGAGAGCAAGGAUGUCUUUAUCCCACCAGAACUGUCUGGAAUUCUGGAUGAAUUUCCAUCACAGGAUAGCAGGGAGGAUCAUUAUAGACUGGCAGAAUCUCCGCAAGGCACACAAACACCUUAUGCGCAGCCUCAAAUCAAGCCUAGACAAAAUCCCUUCAACAGUAAGCCUUUAGGUGUAGAAUCUCCAAAAAAGACAGAUGGAUGCUUAACAAGUGGAGCAGGGAAGACACCCUUGGCAUCUGCAAAGGUACAGCAGACAUGUGCAGACACACUCCGGAUACGUGCGGAGCAGCAGCAGCCAGAUGCGGAGCCACACAAGGCAACUGCAAAGCCAUGCCAAACACCUGCAGAGUCACGCCAUACACCUGCUGAGGUGGACGACGUGAAGAUCAGGCACUCAAAGCAUUUUCCUUGCACACACAAGUUGCCUCCACCAAAUGAGAGCCCUAUUCCCUCUAACUCUAACCAAAAUACAGACUCCCCAGAAACCACCUCUUUUACGACCAGACCACAGACCAAAAAGAAACUGCUGCUCUAUUCCUCCCAUAACUCUGUGAUGGACACUAGCAAUGACACUGUCGCUAGACAGGACAUGUCUCCAAUCCCACGGGGCAUUCUGAAGUACAGCAGCUCCAGCUGUAGCUUCACUGACUCUCUUUCUCACCGAAACAGCUUCAGCAGCCAGCCCACCUCUCCACUUAGCCCUGAAAACUCUGACAGCUCCCAUAGCCCCCCUCUGUCCCCCAGCUCAGAGUUGUCCUCUCCAGGGCUCCUAGAUAGAAAGCAGGUACGCUUCUGCCCCAUCAUCCAGGCCAGAGAUACAGGGAGGCUGGAGGUGCAGGAUGGCCGAGAGUAUGGAGAGCAUGGCCUUCUGGACCAAGACUGCACUCCUCCCUUUGAACAGGAGGGGGAGCCAGACACAAAUGAAUCUAAAAACACCAGCGAUCCACUGCUGUUCUGCUAUGUAUACAAUGAGAAAAGCAUAGGGGAGACUGACUCAGAGCCACUGAUCAGUGCCCAGUCCGCUCCCAUAACAAAUGAGGCUGAGUCACCCCCUCCUGAGCCCUCCAUUUUGAGCAGUGAGAAAGUAGGUGAGUUCCUUGGUUGUGGGAACUGGAGUGAUCAGAAUGCCUAUACAGCAAGCACCAUCCAGAGCCCCUUUGAUCAUCGUGAAGAUCAUGCUGAGCCUCAUUCUUCGCAGGUGUCUGAGCCCCCUGCCUCUGUUGUGGAGCAAGGUGGCAGUGUGGAACCCAGCCCUGUAAGAACAGCUCUGAAGCAAGCAAAUGUCAGACCCAUUUCAAUAUCUAAGAGCUUAGAGAACCUGGCAAGUCUGCCCUCACGAGAAGAAAGACGGAAAAAUGAGCCAAGGAGUGACAUAACACUGAGCGUAGAAGAUGUGUCUGCAGCCCCCCUCGCCCCCAGCUCCUCUCUCGCUGACCCAGAGCAGAUGAAGAUGCUGAGCGUGUCUGUGCCUGCCUUCAUACAGCAGCAGAGAAACGGCCGAGGAAGUGACUGUACCUCGGUGAACAGUUUCUACUCUGAAAGACAGAGGAAAGACAGCACAAACACUUACCUUAGCACAUCCUCUGGCCGUGCCUCCAUGUCUUCUGUCAGUGGCAGUGUGAUGAGCAUUUACAGCACUGACUUUGGCAACGUGGAGGUCAAAGGGACCAUUCAGUUCGCCAUUAACUACGUACAAAAGCUAGGAGAGUUCCACAUCUUCAUAGCUCAGUGCAAAGAUCUGGCAGUGGCGGAGCCCAAGAGGAACCGUUCUGACCCGUAUGUUAAAUGCUACCUUUUACCAGACAAAGCAAAGCUGGGGAAGAGAAAAACAACGGUGAAGAAGAAGACUCUGAAUCCUACUUACAAUGAAAUCUUACGGUAUAAAAUACCAUUGGAGAACCUGAAAGCCCACACUUUAAACCUCUCUGUGUGGCAUAAUGACACAUUUGGGCGGAACAGUUUUCUUGGGGAGGUGGAUGUGGAUCUGUCAGAGUGGGACUUCAAUAACACACACAUGAUGGACUAUGCACUGAAAGGAAGGGUUCUAGCACAGAUGAGUCCGAAGCGUGUUAACCACUGUGUGGAAAUGAGUGGAGAGAUGAGAGUAGCUUUGCGUUUCCUUCAGCAGACCUCUCAAAGUAAAAAGACACCACAAACUGGUGAGGUACAGAUCUGGGUGAAGGAAUGUAAAGAUCUGCCAGCCAGAGAAGGAGCAAUAGACCCCUUUGUCAAAUGCACAGUGCUCCCAGACACUGCUCGGAAAGGCCGACAGAAAACCCGAGUGGUGAAAAGGACGGCAAACCCAGUGUUUAACCACACUAUGGUGUAUGAUGGCUUCAGGCCAGAAGACCUGAGAGAGGCCUGUGUGGAGCUCACUGUGUGGGACCAUGACCGGCUCAGUAACCAUUUCAUAGGAGGCAUAAGGCUCGGCCUAGGAACAGGUAAAAGUUAUGGUAGUGGGGUAGACUGGAUGGACUCUAACUCUUCUGAAGCUGGGCUGUGGAAGAGAAUGAUUGAAUCACAGAAUGAAUGGGUGGAAGAUGUAGUUCCUUUGAGAAUGCUGGUUAUGGCAAGAACGAUGUCCAAAUAGUAAUGGACCUAUUUAGGAAAACAUAGCCUGCAUAAAAAAAAUAAAUAACAGACCAAAUUGCAGGAUAUGCUUCUCAAUGACAAACAUAGACUACUUAAUUUGGGAUAAAGUCAAAUACUAACACUGAAUAAGGAAACAGGAGAGCUGCAAACGUGUAUAUUUCAUAUAUUCUUGUAAAAUAAAUAUAUUUUCUGUAUUUUGUGCCAAGUUUUAGGAUUGCAAUUGUGUGCAAAGUGUUGAUACAUGUGUAAAUGAUGGGUCUGUAUUAUGUUAAAAGCCCUGUCAGGAAAGGUUGUGAAGAAUGGAAAGGUUUUGGUUUGGUUGUGAUUAAUUCAUGUUAAAUCAUUUAGGAGAAAUGCACAGAAAGUUGUUGUUCAGAGGCCAAUUUUAU